AUGUUCGGCCUCCAAGCGCUGUACGAAUGGGCGAUCACAGUCGUCCAGCCAGGCUCUACGCUCUGGUACGCGGCCAAGAACGGCGACGUUGGCGCCGUCACAACCUACCUCGAGGGCCAUGGCCCCGACGCCAUCCGCGACGCGCUCGAGACCACGGACGCGAGUGGGUGCACGCCGCUCCUCCUCGCCUGCGCCAAGGGCCACCUCGCCGUCGUGCACGCGCUCUUUGAGCACGAGGCGACGCAGCUCUACCUCCGCGACCAAGUCGACAACCGCGGCGAUAGCGCCGUGCACCACGCUGUGCUCGCCGGAAAGGCCGAGGUGCUCCAGUACCUCGUGACGCUGCAUGGCGUCUCGCCGUUCCGCCUCAACGCGCUUGGGCAGUCGCCGCUCGACCAAGCGCGCGCUUUGUACGAAGACGUGGACGAAGCGCCGCGGCGAUUCCUGACCUGCGUCGACAUCCUCGAGCAGCGCUGCACCGUCUUUGAAGGCUGGGUCUACGAAAGCAUCGACAACCUGGCCUCGCGCGCGCUGAGCGUCUCCGCGCUGCAGUCGUGGAAACGACGCUAUGGGAUUGUGCUGCGCACCGCACUGCGCUCGCACUUUGAGCUCGUGCUCUACUCGUUCUCGACCGAGCGACGCGACGAGGCCAACUGGGAGCGGUCGUCGACGCCAUCGUCGGUCGUGCUCUUCCGCGUUGGCGCCGACGCGGUGACUUUCAACAGCAAGCAAAAGCUCUUCAAUAGCAAGCCCUUUGCCUUUACGCUCGAGUGCGUCAAGAAGGCCGACGCGCACACGUCGCUGCCGACGAUGGUGCACGAGCCCCUCGAGUUUGCGGCGGUCAACGCCGACGGCUACGCCGCGUGGACCACCUUCCUCGUCACGGAUGCGCUGCAAGCCGUGUUCGAUCCGUGCAUGGACCCCGAGGCCUACCGCUCGUCGUCGGUCCGCACCGAGUCGUCUGCGGCGGCCCGUGCCCCGCCGCCUCCAUCGCCGUGCACCCCGACCGCUCCGUCGCUGGAUGACGUGCUUUUACCGAGCCCAGCGCCGACCGCACCCGCGCUGUACCAAGCCGAGUGCAUCGUGUGCCUCGACGACGGGUGCGACGCCGUGUGCGUGCCAUGCGGCCACAACACCAUGUGCCUCGGCUGUGCGUCGAGCAUUUUCGAGUCGACGGCCGAGUGCCCUGUGUGCCGUGCCCGGAUCCGCGAAGUCAUCAAGAUCUACCGUGCCUAG